GGCACAGCGUUCAUGUUCACGGAUCAUUGUGUUGUCGGCCAUUUUCAACGCGCGUUGCCUACUUGCCCAGUUAACCAAAUUCUCUCUUUACGUCUGUUCGCCGACAUAGUGCGUAUUCUUUCGUUCGUUUAUCACGUUUUGCACCUUCUGCAUACCGCGUACCUAAUCGCGUCACUCCAAACACCGUUAACCUUUUCGUCACACAAUUUGACGCAGCCGACCUACUGUUGCCAACUCGUGUCGUUUGUCAGUGAACCACCGUUGCUCUAACAACAUGUCUUCGACCGAGAUGAACGAUGGCGCCAACGGAGAGAUGUCUUCUGAGUCCAAGCCCAACGAAUACGUGUCGGCCCUGGUCAAGGAAAAGUAUGCUCUGGACGCUUCUACCCAUCAGAACACAAUGAAACUCAUCGACGAAGAAAUUGCCAGAGCACAAAACACCAAUGGCAAACCAGAAUCAGCUUAUUUGGACAUAAAUAGUGAUAAACCUAUUCGACUAUCUGCCAAAAUUAUGGUUCCAGCUAAAGAAUUCCCAAGGUUCAACUUUGUUGGUAAACUUUUGGGACCUAAAGGAAAUUCUUUAAAACGUCUCCAAGAAGAUACUAUGACCAAAAUGGCAAUAUUGGGCAAAGGAUCAAUGCGCAACAAAGAAAAAGAAGAUGAAAUGAGAAGUUCAUUAAACCCAAAAUUUGCGCACCUUGCUGAUGAACUCCAUGUCCAAGUUACUGCUUAUGCUCCUCCUGCUGAAGCUUAUGCUCGUCUUGCUUAUGCACUUGCAGAACUUAGGAAAUUUUUGAUACCUGACCAUAAUGAUCAAAUUGCACAAGAACAAGCACGUGAAAUGCAACAAUUUGGAGGUGCUCCACCUGUUCGUCAUCCAGGACCAAUAAUUCAUGCUCCACCACCUCCACCUGCAGUAAUUCGCCAAAUGCCGCCUCAGCCACCUCGUAUGCCGAGAGCUCCAGUUCCAGGAAAAGCCAAAGUAAUGAGCAUAUUGGAUAGAGCUCGAUCAGCAAUGGAAGGAUCUAAUGCUUAUCCUGGCAACGGUGGCUAUGGUGAUUCUGGUUCGUCUCAUUAUUCCCAUUUUGAUUCUGGGUAUGGUGGUGUAGCAACUUAUAAUGGAGGCGGUAAUGAUGAUUACUACUCAGGAAAUUCAUAUUCACAAGAUAAUUCUCAAAGUGGUGGUGGACGUGGCUGGAAAAAUUACAAUACUGGCGGUAGUAGUGGACCAUCCAAACCGACUGGCAAUCAAGGUAGUCGGUAUGGAGGUCGCAAUGCACCAUAUACCAGACAAAAAUAACCAGGUAUUUGUCAGGACUAUUUCUAUCAUAAAUGAAUAUUGACAACAAAGAAAAAUAAUGGGUAGAAUAAUUUUUUUUAAUGUUUUGACAUUUCAUAAUUAUCUCAAAUAAUUUUCCACUUAGUAAAACAAAUUAAGAUUAUCUUAUAUAUAUUUUUUUUUAUAUACGUAUAUAAAAUAUAAAAGUAUUGUACAUCCAAUAAAAAGUUGUGUAUUACAUGGGAUGUUGAAUUCCAAAUCAUAUUUUUCUUAAGAUAAAACAUUAUAAUUUAAACAAAAUUGUGUAAGGAAUAAAAUUUAAAUAAAUACAAUUUGUACAAUGGAGUGUAAAAUACAAGUUCUGCACAAAACUUCUUGAUUAGAUUAUUAUUAUAACUUUAUAUCAAAUAUUGUUGGGCUACUUAUUUUAUUAUUUUUUUUUUAAAUAUGAAUUUGUCUAUAGGAAUAUGUUUAUAAUUUUUU